AUGAAUGUAAAUAAUUUUAGUCAUAGUGCAAGCACAUCUAAAACUCAAGUGACAAGUAAAUAUUUCUCAAAUGAAGCUGUACUGGAUGAAAGCCUAAAUGAAUUUCAGGAGAAAAAAAAAAUUGUUGGCCCUAAAAAUCCUCAAAAGAAAGAACCCAAGAGAAAAUGUCAAAAGCGCAUCAAGGGGCAGAAGGAUAUACGUACCCUUAUCAAGAAAAAAAACGAUUUAAUUGAGUAUUCUAAAAAUUUUAAUAAUAUAUGUAAAAAAUCUGGUGUAGACAUUGACUCUGAACAAUUGCAAUUAGCAAUUGCAUUAUCAAAGUCCUUACAUGAUUCUAAACAAUGUCCAAAUGACACAGAUGUUACAAAAACUUUAACUUCUCGUGAGCAAUGUAAUAAAAUUAGAACCACACUUAAAGAAUAUGGUUUCCAAGUGCCAGAAGUGAAGGCUACUCAUUUAAAUAAAAUAAAACAAAAAAGAUAUAAUUUACUGACAACUUCCAAUGAAGAGAAACAACAAAUAAUAUCUGCAAAAUAUUUGCAAAUUCUUUCUUCAAAGAGUAACAAUGUAAUUAUUGAAAGUAAUUUACAAAAGGAGUCUAUUUUUUACAAAUCUACUUGUAUGUUAUUUGAAGAAAUGAAAAAUGAUGAUGUAUUUUAUGUGAAUGGUUUGAUUGAGAAAUCUUUAAACACAAUAUUUUUUUUAAGAGAUUGGUCAGACAUACCAGGCAGGUGUCAAAGUCCAGCGUUUGAAGGGCCUUAUAUUGGCUUUAAUGAUAUAAUAUGCUCACAAGAUGAACUGGAUAUAUUUCUUAGUGGUUGUAUUGCUAUGGCUCAGAAUAUAUGUCAUGUAAAACUAAGAAAUUAUAGUUUCCAAACAGAGAGAUUAUGUUAUAAUACUUCUCAUGGAAGUGUUGAACAAGCAAUGUCAAGCAAAAUACUUUCAAAUGAAACUCUAUCAUUAUCAAUGUCUGAAAAAAUUAAUAAUUUGCAACAUAAAGAUAUUGAAAUAUUAAAUAAUGAUAAUGAAGAAAAUUAUAUAGUUAAUGAAACACUUUCUCAACCGCUUUCAAUGGUGACUGAAUACAUCGAUUCAAAAACUGAUUUAUACCGUAAAACUGUUGCAUUUUGCGUUUCAAAAAGCUUGAAUGAAACAACAGUUUCACACUACAGAUGUAAAUCGCCCGAUUUGUUUGAUGAAGAAGUAUCAACUAUUUUGAAUAUGUCUUCUGAAUUAUCAAAACCUGUAGUUAAAUAUGACACUAUAGAUCUUACACAAUGUGUGCCUAGUAAUAUAAAGCCACAAAUUUCUAAUGUAUCAAAAAGACUUUCAAAUGAUGUUAUGGAACUAACAGAAUGUAUUGGGGGUGGUUUUAAUUGUGAGGAUAAAAUUGAUUUGACACAAGAAUUAAAUGACGAUGAUACCGUUGUCUAUAUAGAUGAGAAUGUAAAUUUCAGAAAAACUAUGGGUUCUUCAGAAAUUUUUGAAUGUGAUCAAAUUAUGGUUUUAGAAGAAAUCAAUACAGUUUCAAUAGUGCCUGAUUCAGUUGCAGAUGUCAUAAAAGAGAACAUACAAACAAUAGGUACCAUGAAUUUAACAGAAUCUUCUGACACAGGUAGCUUGCCAGAUAUAAAUGUCGUAGGUGUAGAUAAAAAAGGUACAAUUAAAAACAUAAAUGAUACUUUGUAUGACAAAUUAGUAACUGAAGUACCUAAUUUUACUUCGAGAGAUAAUGAAAGAAAUAUUCAAGAUAAUAGUACUAAUGAUAAUAUUCAUCUAACCCAAUCAAAAGAGUAUAAUUAUUGUAGUGUAAAUUCUGAUUUAAGUAAAAUGUAUAAUCUUGGCAAGAUAGAUAAUUUGUCUGUUGAUUAUGAUGACAUGUUUGAUCAGAUCAUUAAAAAUUCUACCAAUGUAUCCGAAUCAACUAAUAAUUCAGAAAAGUACAUUACUCAAAACAAAAACUCAAGUUUUUCGAACAGUGAAAAGCCUGCAAGUGAUUCGGAAUCUUGCAGAUUAUCAGAUCAAGAAUUAAACUAUUCUGUAAAUAUUGGUGUUGACAAUAGUAAAAAUAAUUUUGAAGACUUGCCUUCCAUUGAUAUGAAUUGUCAGAAUAAUUCAGUAGAGUGCAAAAUUCUUACACCCGUCAAAGAAAAAAACUUUGAGAUUAUCAAAACACCUAGCAAUAAUGAAUACAUUAUUAAAACAGUUGAUGUGACACCCAUGCAAAAUUUUGAAGCAAUGUCAUCUCCAGAACGAAAUAAGGAACUUGAGAAAUACGGCUUGAAACCAUUUAAAAGGAAAAGAGCAAUACAACUACUGACAUACAUUUACAAUCAAACUCAUCCAGUAGUCGAGUCAUGUGAGGAUGGGUCUCCUACAAAAAAGCCAAAACUCAAUUCCCCUCAAAAGAUUAUAACAGGAAAUUUGAGCCAGUCACCUAGAAAGUCACAGAAAUCACCAAGAAAGACCAAUUUUUCUGUUAAAAAAUCGCCUGUAGCAUCUCAAGAUUUAGGUGAUAAAGAUAAUAUUUUUAUCCAAACUGAUGAUACACCAGCGAUAAAGAAUAUUGCUUGUGAACCAGAGGAUUGGGUGUUUCAGAAGAGAGAGAAAGCUAAGGUACAUUCUUGUCGUGUUCCGUUACAUAUAGCAUUCCACAAUUAUGUAUCAUGUCGCCGACUGCUGAGGGAAGCUAUUUUAUGUUAUGAACCAAUCAAUAUAGAUACAGUACACAAGGAUUUGGUUGCUGCUGGCUAUAGAUAUAAUCCCAAGGACCUGUUAAAAUUCAUGGAUAAGAAAUGUAUUACUGUGAAGACUGCCGAUAAUAAUGCUCGGAAUAAAAGAUGA